AUGAAGAAAACGAUCGUGAUUUUUUUCUUCUCCUUUUCCUUUUUAAUUUCCUUUCGCUUCGUGCUGUCUGAAAAGCAUGGCAUCCAGAAGAAGAAGAAAAAUCUGGAGGAGGACGACAUGCACAUGUUGAUGAAGAAGCUGGAAAGUUUGUACAAACUCAGUGCUACGGACAACAGCGAAGAUUUUAACAAAGAAAUUGAGGCUUUGAAGAAACAGAUUGAUCAUCAGCAGCAACCUGGUGACGACAACGAAGGGGAAAGUCCAGGCCACCUGCUAGAAAACGAGGCCGCAGACGAUUCGGGCAAGAAAACAAUUUUUGGAAUGGACGAAGACGACCUGGAUAAGGACGAUGGGGACUUGGCUGGACAGAGCAAUGGCAAAUUUAAGGGACAGUCAAGUACGGAUCAAAAGAAAGUGGACGGAAAUGAUGAAAAGUCUGGGGAAACAUCUAGUGCGGGAGAGCAUUUGACAGAUAAAUCAGCUACCGGACCGUCCACAGAAGCUUCGGAUUCCCAGCGUCCUUCUCAACCCCUAACUAGUCGCGGUAGUACAGAAGGAGGAUCAUUAGACGCAACAAACACAGAAACUUUAAGUGAAUCAAGUCCGACUACCUCAACAAAUGGAUCACAAGAAAACGAUGGAGUUGGAACCCCCCUAGGGAAUAAUGGACCAGACAACUCAAAUACAGAACCUACACCCCUCCCAUCGGCGGCUCCAGAAAGCCCGGAAACUUCAUCAUCCCCAACGCAACCUACAUCAUCCCAAGCCCCAGCUACAUCACCCCCAGAGACAGCUCCAUCCCCCACAACGCCAUCUCCAUCAUCCGCAUCGGUAUCAGCAGGUGUAGGCGCUGCUGGGGGACAGUGUCCAAAGGGAGGCACCCUGGAUGUGAAGUACCUGGACAAGCUCUACGAUGAACUACUUAAAACAACAGAAGGAAAGGAUGGAAUUCACGUCCCCCUUUUCCACAGCAAAUAUAAUGACUUUCGAAAGAACGCAAUGAAGAGCCGAAUCGUCCUGGUAUCCUGCCUCCUCCUGCUCUGCGCAGGGCCAAUCCUGGGAGAAGAUAAUAAAAAGGAGAAGAAGAACACACACAAGGAGGAUGCAGAUAACAAGAACAGCGAUGUAGAUAACAAUGAGAACGAUGCAGACAAUAACAACAACGAUGCAGAUAACGAGAAUAACGAUGAGUUAAAAACACUAAACGGGAAAUUGCAAAACCUAAGGGUACAAAUUAAGGAUGAGAAGUUAUCCAAGAAAUUCACCGAAGAUCAAAUUUUGAUGUUAAAGAAAAAGUUGGAGGAAUUCAAAAAUUUAAAAAGUGAGCAGGAGGCGAAAUCGGCGUCACAGAAGGGGCAUACCUCGCCGGGGGCCGAAGGUGAAUUGGACCUUAACGAUAAGAAGAUCGCCGGGCAGACCGUCAAGGCAAAUGAGGACACAGUAGUGAAGAGUGAAAGUGGCAGUGGUGGAGAGGGAAAAGUUGGAAAUGGCGAUAGUGGUGCGGGAGACAGUAAAGGAUUAACAAGCCAAGGGGGAACAGACACAGGGGGAGAAAGUGGAGCAGGAACAAGUGGAGGAGGAGCAAGUGGAGGAGGAACAAGUGGAGGGGGAACAAGUGGAGGGGGAACAAAUACAGAGAGAGAAGAUACAGAUGCUCCAGAUUCAAGUGCUCCCGGUACAGGUGCUCCCAGUGCAAGUGCUCCCAGUGCAAGUGCUCCCGGUGCAAGUGCCCAAGGUCAAGGUCCUCAACAUGAAAAUGAUCCAGUGUCAACAACUGAACCCGCUGCGAAGCCUUCGGUUGCUUCGAACAAUUCCACAGAGGCCACAAACCCAGCCGUGUCAUCCGAGUCAUCCGAGUCAUCCGGGUCAUCCGAGUCAUCCGGGUCAUCCGGGUCAUCCGGGUCAGCCGUGUCAUCCGGGUCAGCCGGGUCAUCCGGGUCAUCCGGGUCAGCCGUGUCAUCCGGGUCAGUCGGGUCAUCUGGGUCAGCCGCCCCGGAGCAGAAGGUCAACCCCACAGCGCAAGUCAAUCACGUGGACAUACUGUACGACAAGCUACUAGAAGGAGCAGAUAAAAGAAAUAUUAUGGACAAAGGAGAGCACCACACUAAGUACAACAAUUUUAGGCAGCAAUACGACCAUCUCAUCCUAAAUCAGACUGAGUACGACAUCAGCUUUAAGCUGCUCGAUACGAUGUUGUCAAGUGGAAAGGACGGAGACGCAAGAAAAAAUGCGCUAGAAGAGACGUUUAAGAAAGCAAUGUACGAUGAGCAGUACAGUGAGAAGUUUAAAAAUCUCAUCUCCGGAGUUUAUGGGUUCGCUAAGAGAAACAAUUUUUUAGAUAUGGAGAGGAUGAACGAAGAAAGCUACAAAAAGCUGUUCGACUAUAUAGGCAGUUUGAUGAACACGCUUCAGGUUUAA